AUGGUGCGCAUGCCCAGAUCUUCUGGUGGAUCGGGAUUUUACCGUGAGUCCCUGAGCGAAGAAGCGAAGAUCAAUGCUGAGACUGGGAUAGAAGCGUCAGAGAAAGAGAGAUCGUGGCAGACACACGAAGACAAAGGAUCUCCUGAUCGUCAAAGUUUUGGGAAGGGAUUUGAUGACAAGAAAAAAAAGAGGAAGAUCGAUUUCACGAUCUAA